AGUCUAACCUUCUGUGUUGAUACAUGAAUGCUGGUACCCACUUACAGGGAUGCCAGAUGAUCAGUGCAGAAUGAAGGUCCCAGGAGAAAGGAUCACAUGGUUUUCUCUGCCCUGUGACGUCACUAGCAGAUGGCAUGGGUACCAGCUCUGGCAGUUGGCAUCAAUGUCACUUUUUAGAGAUCAAUGAGAUAGUGCAGAGAUACACAGAUCUAGACUCCAGGAGACGAUGCGACAUUCAGACUGAAAAGAUUUGGAAGGCAAAAAAUGAAAACUGAGUAUUGAAUGAAAUAAAAAGCUAAGGUAACUUAAGAUUAUAGAACCAUGUUAACACUACCAUUUGAUGAGUCUGUUGUAAUGCCAGAAUCCCAGAUGUGCAGAAAGUUUUCCAGAGAAAGUGAGGAUCAAAAGCAAAUUAAGAAGCCAGAAAGCUUUUCAAAGCAGAUUGUACUCCGAGGAAAGACUAUCAAAAGGGCCGCUGGAGAAGACACAGAAAAAGAAGAGGAGGAAGAAGACAGAGAGGAGGAGGAUGAGAAUGGUUUGCCUAGAAGGAGGGGCCUUAGAAAAAAAAAGACAACCAAGAUAAGAGUGGAAAGGGUCAAAUUCAGGCGGCAAGAAGCCAAUGCUAGAGAAAGGAACAGGAUGCAUGGCCUGAAUGAUGCUCUGGACAAUUUAAGAAAAGUGGUCCCUUGUUAUUCAAACACAAAAACUGUCUAAAUAGAAACUUUAAGACUAGCCAAAAACUAUAUUUGGGCUCUUUCUGAAAUCCUGCGUAUUGGCAAGAGACCUGACCUGCUCACGUUCGUCCAAAACUUGUGCAAAGGUCUAUCCCAGCCAACUACAAACUUGGUGGCAGGGUGCCUGCAGCUGAAUGCCAGAAGUUUCUUGAUGGGUCAGACGGGGGAAAGUGCCCAUCACACAAGGUCACCAUAUUCCAGCUUCUAUCCUCCCUAUCACAGUCCUGAGCUCAGCACUCCCCCAGGGCAUGGAACUCUUGACAAUUCCAAGUCUAUGAAACCCUACAAUUACUGCAGUGCUUACGAAUCUUUCUAUGAAAGCACUUCCCCUGAGUGUGCCAGCCCACAGUUUGAAGGUCCCUUAAGUCCUCCCCCAAUUAACUAUAAUGGGAUAUUUUCCCUGAAGCAAGAAGAUGCCUUGGACUAUGGCAAAAAUUACAAUUAUGGCAUGCAUUACUGUGCAGUGCCACCCAGGGGUCCCCUUGGGCAGAGCUCCAUGUUCAGGUUGCCUACCGAGAGCCACUUCCCUUAUGACUUACAUCUGCGCAGCCAGUCUCUCACCAUGCAAGAUGAAUUAAAUGCAGUUUUUCAUAAUUAAUGAGGAAAAUGAAAAUAAACAGUGGUCAUUCACCUCCCCGUCUAAUUAAGACAAAGCAGAUGCUUGUGCACUGCAUAAUGGGCACAACUCUAUUUAACGUGUUUACUAGUUUCUAAAGUGUGUUUCAACUAUUGUGGGAAUUUUCUAUGUACUAAUAAAUCCUUUUUCUUAUACAUAUUUUCCCUUUUGUUUUUUUGUCUGUAAACACUGUGAAAUUGUUUCUAACCAGAGACUUAUUCUUUUUUUCCACCCUAUUCGCUUGAUUCAUUGAACAGUGUGUCUAAACAAUAUAACUGACAGAAACGCAUACACACUGUCUAAAGUGAAUGUCUGUUUCAAUUGUACAGUAACUAUACAAAUGCAUGUUAUUAAAAUCAGAUGAGUAAAAUGAUGUAUUUAUAAUUAUUAGAAAUUAUAUAUUAUGUAUUUGAGAAGAACUGGAUUUUAAAAAAUUAUUCAGAAUUUUAAAAGAACUGUCCCUAAAUUGAGAUGGUCUUGCAAGAUUGCAGGGAGUUAGUGCAGCAAUAUUUAAAGCUAUGCAAAAAAAUUAUUUUCUUUGAUUUGGGGGAAGAAAAAUAUAGGUGAUCACCUCUGAGAAUUAUUCCGCUUAAAAUCUGGAGUGGUUGCUGAUAGGGGCUACAUAACAUUUUAGAAAAUGUUGUCAAAAUUUUGCAUCAGUUAUUUUAACAUAAUAAUACAAUGGUAUCAGCACUUUUUUGUAUUUUACUGACUUCAGAUGUAAGGGUUUGUUAUAACAAUGUAUUACUGUGGUUUUUUCACUACAUAUUUUAAAUGCGAUUAAACAUAGAUGUUUCCAGUCAUAAAG